AUGAAUCAUAAAAGCAUACCUUUCAAAGGUGUCAACGGUCGGUCAACUGUCACUUAUUGUAAUGAAACUAAGAAAGUUUAUUUCUAUUCGUAUUUAAGAUAUUGUCAUCUAGCGAAUGUACAUACCUUUCCUAUGUUCUUCAACUCGUUUUAUAUUAUAUGUACUCUCUUUGUCUCAAUUUCCAGUGAACAAUUACAAGCUCCAAUAAUUCUACGUGAAUCAAGUGAUAAUGACGUUCCACUAGGUUCACGAAAAGUAUUUACUUGUAAUGCAAUUGGUUAUCCACCUCCUACGUAUAUGUGGUUACGUGAAUGGGAGAAUUUAACGAGCAACUUCUCUCCAUUGAGUUAUUUCGAGAUUCCAUCAGCGAAAAAAGACGACCAAGGUUCAUAUCGAUGUCUGGCGAAGAAUGACGUAGGAAUAGUUGCAAGCAAAGCAGCACAUUUGACAGUUUGGUACUUUGAUGGCUUCCAAAGUGGUCAACGCGAUCAGUUUGUCAACGUUUACGAAUCUGAUGCUGUUAUUUUACAAUUACCAACGAUUAGUUCGUCACCGGAGCCAAGUGUACAAUGGUUCAUGAAAAGUAGUUCGUCAUCUCGAGAUAACAUUCGUAUUAUUAUCAAUGAGAAAUAUUUCAUUACAUCGACACACAAUCUAGUGAUCUUGAAUGCAGAUUAUCAAGACGAAAGAAUUUAUUUUGCUGUGGUCGAGAAUAUUUUCGUCGGAGGAACGAAACAAUCGCCUGAUUAUCGUUUACAAAUCAAUCGACGAAAAUCUCAAUUCCCUCAAUCAACUUUAGACUUUAUUGUUAAACCAACCGAUCAGCUAGCUACGAUUGGUGAUGCUAUCAAGUCAUUCGAAUGUGUUGCCAAUGCCGGUCCGAGUAAUACCAUAGAAAUCAUUUGGCAAAAGAAUUCAGUUUUAAUCGAUCAAACCAAUGGCCGAUUUCACAUUGGUCCAUACAAUCGAACGCUCGAAGUUCGAGGGAUCGUCGCUGAUGAUCAAGGCAUAUACUCUUGUCACAUUCGAACACGAAACAGUGAACAGUUUCUCAAUGCAAGUGCGAAUUUAAUCGUUCGAGGUGUACCUAUCAUAUCAACUAACUUUCCGUUGAUUCAAAAUGUUGAUCUUCAAGACAAUGUCAAUUUUACAUGCGAUGGAACUCCUAUGUCGACCAAUGUUAAUGUAACUUGGUAUAAAAAUGCCGUUCGUUUAAUCGAUCAAUUUUCAAAAAUUCAAUUAGUUGAAAAUAGAUUGAUAUUGAAUAGUAUCGAAUGGGACGAUCAAGGUAUGUACCAAUGUUUUUUAACAAAUGAUGUUGGGGAAGAUACGCGUUCGACAUGGCUCAAAAUCAAAAGUGAAGCACCCACGGUAACUGUUAGCAAAGAUCUGAUCGUUUUCAAUGGUACUGAUGUUCAAUUAACCUGCACAACUAAUGGAUCUCCUACACCAAAUAUUACUUGGUUUAAACUGAAUGUUAAUGAUGAACGUAUCUUAAUAAGAGAUCUGCAAAAUCGCUUUCAUACGGAUAGUCGAACUGGUGUUUUAUCCAUUUUGAACACUAUGCGCGACGAUUCAGGUGCAUAUGAAUGUCUAGCGCAGAAUAUCCUCGGAUCAGCACACGCACGUACAACACUACUAGUUCGACGACGCACAAGAAUUAUCUCAUUGCCACCAACGAUGAAAAUUGUGAAAGCACAACCAUUAGUGCUCGUCUGUCAUGUAAUCAGCGAAGAGGAUAUAGCGAAAAGGAUUCAUUGGUAUUUUAAUUCAAAUCAACCGAUAUCACAUAAUAGACUUUAUAAUGAGAGCACAAUUGUCAUUGACACACCACAGAAUCAAGACACUGGUAAUUAUACUUGUACGGUCGAAUCUGAGGCCGGCAACGAUAGUCGAACAACAGAAGUUACAAUUAUCGAAUUGCCCUGGCCACCCACGUUUGUUCGCGCUUCAUUGGUCAAUGAUUCUAUAGGUAAAUCUGUUGCAGUAAAUUUGACAUGGAUACCAAACUUCGAUGGAAGUAUACCUAUCGAGCGGUAUACAAUUCAAAUGAAGGAUUCAUCUUCACCAGAUAUUAACGAUUAUGACGAGCUCGGUUGGCAAAAUAAGGAGGAUGUUUUGGUGGCAAGGAAUCAAACGAAAACAUGGACUUUAAUACGUCAUCUCCAGCCGUUUACAACUUACCGCUUUCGUUUGUCAGCUUGGAAUCAAUUAGGAGAAGGACAAGUCAGUUCUCCUAGUAAUAAUAUAACAUUACCGGAAGAGAUUCCAAAUGGUACUGUGAAAUCGCUCACGGCUGUUCCUCGUGAUUCAACAUCGGUACUAAUUGAAUUCAUAAAACCAUCGGCAUCGAGUAUCAAUGGGCAACUAAUUGGAUAUAGCGUUAAUUAUGCAUUGAACUAUCCAAAUUUAAAUUGGAAAUCCGUUCGUAUCAAUGCAUCAGUGCAGUCGUAUAUUCUAAAAGAUCUAAUGACAUGGGAAUCAUAUCUGAUCACAGUUUCUGUUGUUAAUAAUGUUGGUGUUGGGCCUGCAAGCGAAAUUGUUAAAGUUCGUACACUUGAAGGUGUGCCAAGUCGUGCACCAACUAUCACACAGUACGAAGCGAUCAAUUCGACAGCGAUUUUCAUGAAAUGGCAAGGCCCGGCAUCCUCGUAUAUCAAUGGAAUUCUGAAUUCAUUUAAAAUUGAACUCGUCGAUUUGAAACGAAACCUCACACUGUAUCAAGUACAGCAAGCUAAACCGAUUGAAAUGUAUCAAUUCAUGAUUGGUUCGUUGAAGAAAUAUACAAAUUAUUCCUUGAGAAUUAAUUGUGCGACGAAAAUUGGAAGCGGACCGUGGUCAUCACCAAUCGUUUAUGUUCAAACGCUCGAAGACGUUCCUGACCAAGUUGAAAAUUUAACGUUUUCAAACGUCUAUGAUACCUCACUGGACAUCAGUUGGCAAGAACCACUUGAGACCAACGGUGAUCUCAUUGGUUAUGAACUCGAAUGGUAUCAAUUGAAUAAUACCAAGUCGACUGUACCUGAUCGUUCGGUCAUUGAGAUAAAACCUGAACUGACCACUUACAAAAUCAAUAAUCUCUCGGCAACAACUUGGUACACAAUUAGCGUGCGAGCGAAGACACGGAAAGGUUUUGGUUUGAAGCGUUCGGCAUCGAUCGAAUCAGGCUAUCCGCCUGAAAUACCAUCACCACCAACUAAUCUUGAGGCUGUUUCGAUCGAAAAGCGUUCAGCUGUUGUCAAGUUUUCUCCUGGUUAUACCGGAAAGACAAAUAUUCUUCGAUAUAUUGUUGAAAUUCAAACUAAAAGUAACAAUUCACAAUGGGAACAUUUCGAAUCUUUCAAUGUUGAACAAUCGACAUUGAAUCUUCGUGAUUUACAUCCCUGUCAGUUAUAUCGAAUACGAAUGUCAGCAGUGAAUAUCAAAGGUGCAAGUAAUGCAAGCAUUCCAACGGAUUUCUUUCGAACAAAACCGGAUGUACCAUCUGGUGUGCCGCAGAUUUUAUUAGCACAAGCCACAAAUUUCAGUGCUAUUCGUGUUCGUUGGAUGUCGAUACCAAGCAAUGAAUGGAAUUCAGUUUCGUCAACUGGAAAAGACGUCGGUUAUAUCAUUUCAAUCAAUGAUUCACGAAUUAAUGAUAUUAAAAUUGAAGAUCCAUCUGUCACGGAGUUUACUUUCAUCAAUUUAUCGCCUCCGAACACAGUGUUUUCCAUUCGAUUACGUACGUUCAAUAGUUUUGGUACUAGUCGAACAGCGAUCGAAACAAUGGAAAAAACAUUUGAAAGCGUGCCGCUCGGUCCGCCAUUGAACAUUCAUAUCGAUUCGAUUACCGGCACAUCGGCAAAACUUUCUUGGAACUCGUUGAAACCUGUUGAUCAAGGAGGUUUCAUUACGAACUAUAAGAUCAUGUAUUUUCCACUUUCAUCGCCGUCAUCAAUAUCGACGAUGGACCAUGCCGAUAAUGGUUCAUCGGUUAGCUUUAUCCUAACAAAUCUUGAUGGGUACACGAGAUACUCUUGUGCAAUCAGCGCUUGUACAUCAAGUGGAUGCGGAAUCUACAGUGAUCCAAUAGAAUUUACGACGGAUGAAUACGUUCCGUCGAAACCAACUGAAGUGUUCUUUCCCGAUGUAGAUCAUUGGUCUGCAAGAAUGAUUUGGCAGCAACCAUUGAGAUUGAAUGGAAUCUUAAUUGGAUAUAGACUUGUGUACUGGCGAUCAGACGACGAACAGGCACGGAUUGAGAUCGAUAAUCUGACGAAUACAACAAACUCGUAUCUGGCAGCAAAUUUGGAGAAAACUACGCCGUAUACAUUCAUUCUUUGCGCCAAAACUCGCAUUGGUUGUGGUGAGAACAGUGUCAAUCGUUUAUUAACCAUGGAAAAGCGAGAUCGACCGGCUGCUCCCUAUCCACCCACAAUCAUCGAAACAUCGAUCAAUGCUACUAAUUUAACCUUAACAUGGCGUAAAGAUUCCGAUUUCAACUAUGCCCCAAUCCGAUAUACGCUAAUCGAAUACGAAGAAGACGGCUCACCAGUGUGGAAACCGUAUGAUCCAUCGAAUAAACCUGAUGGACAAAUAACAUCCAUUUCGAUACAAAAUUUGAAAUCGAAUACGAAAUAUCGCUUUCGAUUAGCAUCCCAGAAUGAUAUGGGUAUCAGUGAUUACAGUCGACCAACGAAUUCUAUUCGAACGAAACAAAGUGUACCAUUAAUACAACCCAUCAUUGAAUCUUUAUCAACAAAUCAACCGUGUCAAUUGAAACUUCAGUUGAGCAGAUUUGAUUCAAUAGACAACGCCACCCGUUUCAAAGUUUUAAUCAAACCUCUUUCUGCUGAUCAGACUUUCCAGAAAAGUUUUCAUCCAAUCACGGAAGAUUAUUCUAUACAACUGAACAAUCUAUGCACAGAUUCAUCAAUCAAUGAUACAUAUGUUGUGUACGUUUGCUUGAGCAAUUCGAUAGGUGAUGGUCCACUUUCCUAUGCGCAUUACUUCCAUAUACAAUCACCAACACCCACAGAUGUAUCAAUCACAUCACUGAACGUCACAGUUUUAAGCUCAACAGAAAUUUUCGUUAAGUGGACGGUGAACCGAUUUGUACCGUCGACUGGAUAUCGCAUUCGAUGGAUAGCAGCAAAUGAAACAAAUAGUCAAGAACAAAACUAUAUCGCUUCGUCAAAUGACACGAACACAGUAUUGAAUAAUUUAGUUCCAUACACCGUUUAUAAAAUAAUGCUGAAUAUCUUUAAUAUUAACGGCGAUGGGCCAACAUACGAUGCAGAUAUAGUACGAACAAAUGAAGAUGCGCCCGGUAUGAUUGAGCAAUUAACAUUCUCGUAUAUAACAUUUACUUCAUUACAACUCGAUUGGCAGCCACCAAAUGCAUUAAAUGGAAUUCUUCGUUCGUACGAUUUAACUUAUGACAAUCGCCUAUCAUUUUCAACCUCAGCGAAUACUUCUUCAACCCGUGUGAAGACUAUCAAACAACUUCUAUCACCUAACAGUACAUCUUUGCGCAUCGACGAACUGGAUCCGUAUCAAUUCUAUGAAUUUACUCUUUGUGCAUGUACAAUUCAAUGCGGCCCGUGCGUCUACAAAUCCAUUCGAACUGGUCCACAAGUCAAUGCUCCUCUCCCACCAUUCGAUCUGUUUAUUGAUCGGUACAACGAAUUCGUUUGGAAAUCGUCUAUACAAUCCGAAUAUUUUCUUCUCGAAUACUCAAAUGAUGAUGGUCGAAAUUGGAAGUAUCUCGAUCGAGUGACAAAAUCUCCUUAUUUUAUCAAUCCAAAUGUUUUUCAAAGUAAUACUUCCAUGGUAUAUUCCUUUCGAAUAUUCGCUGUCAAUCACAUCGGUAUGAGUGAAUCAAGUGAAGUAUAUAAAUACAAUUUAACAUCCCUAUCAUCCUCAUUCCUAUCUCCACUACGCAUCUUUUCAAAUAUUCAAACAUUUCUUCGAACCAAUCAAUUCUUCUUCUAUGUUAUUCUCAGUCUAUUAGUUCUACUUCUCGUGAUGUUAUGUUGUGUGAUCACCACAUGUUGCUGUUGUCGAAUGAAAUUAAACAAACGAAAACUAUUACAAUCAACGAACACCUUAUCAUCGAAUUUGAAUAUCGCAGAAUCGAAGCAAAGUCUAUACACAGCAUCGACGCUACUCACUCCAAUCAAUCGUGAGUUAACCAUUCAACGAAAUCGUGAUAGUCUCGCAUUGAGUGAUCUCUUAUACAAUAACUUUUCAAGUCGUUCUCCUCCUCGACCCAUCCCGACUCCGAUUGUUUACGAUGAUUUAACUAGUACUAAGAGUCUUCUAAACAACAAUCACAAUCAUCAGACUUCGGAUGAAAAUCAAUCGACUUCGGAUUAUCCUUGGUAUCAUGCGUUGCCCCAACAGUUGUAUACAUACAUGUCAAAUAAUCAUUUAACAAAUAAGAUUCCUGAAGACAAUGAAACAGAUGAAACGGAUUUAACUGUUGCGUUUAAUGGUGCAAUUUUAAUGAAUAAUGUUCCACGUUCACGUGCGGCAGUCAACGGAUGUUCUUCAUUUGCACUUUGA